AAUUUACCAUGCUUGGUUAUGUUUAAAAAUGAUUUGUACGGACUCAAUUUAAUGUGGUAAUUUGUAAAGUGGUUAUCUUUUAAAUUACAGUAAUGAAAAUAUGUUUAGAAAUUUCGACCAAUAGAAGAUGGUAUCACAGUUUCGAGAGUAAAACUCUCCUAUUCAAAAACCUAUAAAUACCACGAGACUUGUUCAGUUGUCAAGUCUCUUCUACACUGACACAAGUUGACGUUCUACAUCUACAACUACGGCCUAUGAUCGACGUCAUUGAUUGGCAGCAAAAAUGGAAACAUCAUACGCACUCUGCCUUAUCAUUGCGGCUUUAAUCUGCAAAACGUUCGCACAAAUCCCCGAUGUUGCCCAACAGCACUUGCCAUGUCCAUCGCCAGAUCCAUAUCCACCAAUAUGCGAUUAUGAUCAAUACUCGCUAUUUGACAGAGAGGUUCGCUGUGACAUGUUGCAUGUUAGUCUCUCUCCUCCAUCCUCCUGUACAUAUGAAAAAUGUUACGUUCCUAUCCCGAUACCCGAUCAGCCAUGCCCCUACAUUGUCUAUGGUUACAAUUGCAGAUCCGGAAAUUACCCUAACGGAUGCACCAACACAAACACUUGCCAAAGUACAUACAAAUGUGUACAAGUUCCGUAUUCCCUGUUUGUCUACACGAUUCCAUAUUGUGAAUGCGGACCCGAACUCGGAAUACCGCUUGGGUGAAUGAAGUGCUUUCACCAAAUCUUCGUUAUGAUAUAUAAUAUAUAUAUAUCGUAUAUUUCAGAAUACAUUUUGAAGCACUUAAUGUAUGUAAUCACAAGAUUUCACGAUUAAUAUAUAUCUUUUGAAAUGCAUAUUUUUGCUUUCUUUCAUAGCACGGGAUGGAGAAUUAGAUAAAAUUAAUACAGCUUGACUUGAACAACUUGAAUAUUUUCUGACCAAACGGCAACCACUUUAAAUAAGUGGAACAUUUAUUAGGGUUGAUUAGGUAACAUUUCUGUUACUUGUUAUCCACAAUAACAUUGUUACGUUAGCUUCAGAAAUUGACAUAAAUAAAACAAUACAGCAUUUUAACUGAAUUACACCGAUUUUAAAUAAUCAUUCGAGGUUUGAAAGCAAUGCAUGUACCACCUUUUAGUUUCGACAUUCUUUUCAAUAAUCAGGAAAUUGCUGAUGCUAUAUAUACUUGUGCUUCACAAUAUGCUUUUUAUUUCAUCAGUCAGUUCAAAUGCUUGAAAAUUUGAAUAACCAUCGGAUCCGAAUACAUGGAGGAUCGAUAUUAC